UGUGAAGACACCUUACUACAGCUCUGGUGUGCUUAUUGAGAGCAAUGACAUUUACACCAAGGUUUUUGCCAAAUUAGGCCUGGUUCUGAUAUGGAAUCAUGAAGAUGCACUGAUGGUGGAGCUGGACAGCAAAUUUAAUAACCAUACAUGUGGUCUCUGUGGGGAUUACAAUGGAGUUCCAAUCUACAAUGAAUUUAUCAAUGGAGAUAUAAGCUACAAUUCAAUUACUUAUGGGAAUUUACAGAAGAUCAGCAAACCCAAUGCCAAAUGUGAAGACCCUGAUGAAACUCAGGCUCUUCCAAGCUGUAAUGGGCAUCGUGAUGAGUGUGAGAGGUUGCUGACUUCCUCUGCAUUUGUUGAUUGUCGGUUACGUCUUAAUGUGGAAACAUACAUCCAAGCCUGCAUGCAGGACAAGUGUGCAUGUAAUGGAAAUGAGGACUCCUUCUGCCUCUGCAGCACCAUCUCUGAGUAUUCUCGCCAGUGUUCACAUGUGGGUGGCCGGCGUGAAUGGAGGACACAAAACUUUUGCCCCAAGACCUGUCCUGAUACCAUGAUCUAUAGAGAAAGCAGCUCACCCUGCAUGGAUACUUGUGCACACUUGGAGGUCAGCAGCCUUUGUGAGGAACACUACAUGGAUGGUUGUUUCUGCCCUGAAGGAACCGUGUAUGAUGAUAUUACUGAAAAAGGUUGCAUACCUGUUAGCCAGUGCCACUGCAAACUCCAUGGAAAGGUUUAUUCACCUGGAGAAAACAUUACCAAUGAAUGUGAAGAAUGCACCUGUGAUUCAGGCAGAUGGACGUGCAAAGAUCUGCCCUGUCCAGGCACAUGUUCAGUGGAAGGAGGUUCCCAUAUUACCACCUUUGAUGGGAAGAAAUACACCUUUCACGGAGACUGUUACUAUGUGUUGGCCAAGGGUACUGUUAAUGACAGUCAUGCUCUCCUGGCAGAGUUGACUCCCUGUGGCUCCACAGACAGGCAGACCUGUUUGAAGACUGUUGUGCUGUUAGUAGAUCACAAGAAAAAUGUGGUGGUUUUCAGAUCAGAUGGCAGUGUGUUACUGAAUGAGAUGACAGUGAACGUGCCUCAUGUGUCAGCCAGCUUCUCAGUAUUCAAGCCAUCUUCCUACUACUUCGUUGUACAAACUUCUUUUGGACUUCAGCUGCAGAUCCAGUUGUUCCCAAUCAUGCAGCUGUUUGUGACUGUUGAUCAGUCAGUUCAAGGAAAACUUCAAGGUCUUUGUGGAAACUUUAAUGGAAUGGAAGGUGAUGAUUUUAAAACAAACCUUGGGCUGAUAGAAGCUACAGGAUCUGCCUUUGCUAACACAUGGAAAGCUCAGUCCACCUGUACAGACCAGCUAGAAAAGCUGGAAGACCCCUGCAGUCUUAGCAUUGAAAGUGCAAAUUAUGCUGAGCAUUGGUGUUCUUUGCUUAAAAACUCUGCUGGUCCUUUUGCAAGAUGUCACGCAAUUAUUGAUCCUUCAGAAUACUAUAAGAAAUGUAAAUAUGACACCUGCCUCUGUGAAGACAAUGAAGAAUGCUUGUGUGCUGCCCUGUCCUCUUACUCGAGAGCCUGUGCUUUCAAAGGGAUCAUACUGGGAGGCUGGAGAAAAAGUGUCUGCAGUAAUGAAGAGUCUGCUUGCCCAGGAAAUCAAAUCUUCCUUUACAAUCUUACAAUGUGCCAGCAAACCUGUCGUUCCCUUGCUGAUGGUGAAAAGCAUUGCCUGCAAGACUUUGCUCCUGUGGAUGGCUGUGGCUGCCCAUAUAAUACAUACUUGGAUAACCAGGAUACCUGUGUGUCCAUCUCCAAGUGCCCAUGUUAUUACAAGGGAUCAUACCUGGAACCGGGGGAAUACGUCGCAAAAGAUGGAGAACGUUGUGUUUGCAGAAAUGCAAAGGUCCAGUGUACUUCAGUGACAAUAAGAAUGAAAAGUACAACAGAAUGUUCUUCUAACAAGACCUACUUUGACUGCAACACAUCCCCAGAGUGGACUUCCCAAACACCUGUACAACUUAGCUGUCAUACUCCUAGAACUGAUCAUUUCCAAGCCGAGUGUGUCUCAGGUUGUGUGUGUCCUGAAGGUCUAUUUGAUGAUGGGAAAGGGGGCUGUGUUGAGGAGAAGGAUUGCCCAUGCAUUCAUAACAACCAGUGGUAUUCUCCUGGACAGAAGAUAACAGUGGACUGCAACACCUGUACCUGCCAAAAAGGGGUUUGGAGCUGCACUGAAGAUUUGUGCUAUGGGACUUGUAUGAUAUAUGGAAGUGGCCAUUAUAUCACCUUUGAUGGAAAAUUCUAUGACUUUGAUGGGAGUUGUGAAUAUGUGGCUACUCAGGAUUUUUGUGGUGACAAAAAUUCCAGCGGCUCGUUCAGUAUCAUCACAGAGAAUGUCCCUUGUGGAACUACAGGAGUCACCUGCUCAAAGGCUAUUAAAAUGUUUCUAGGGAAAACUGAACUGAAAUUGGAAAACAAAGAUUAUAAAGAAAUUCAGCGAGAUGUUGGUGAUGACGUGCAUUAUUGGAACAGGACAGUAGGCCUCUACCUUGUUAUUGAGGCUAGCAAUGGUGUGAUGCUUAUCUGGGAUAAGAAGACUACUGUUUUCAUCAAGCUGACCCCUGAUUACAAGGGCAAAGUGUGUGGUCUGUGUGGUAACUUUGAUGACAAGUCUAACAAUGACUUUACAACAAGGAAUGGGCUGCAGGAGACUGAUGCUCUGAAGUUUGGGAAUUCCUGGAAACAGUCCUCCAUGUGCCCAGAUGUCACACAAGAGAUUAAGCCCUGUGAUGUGAAACCACAUCGGAAGUCCUGGGCAGAGAAAGAAUGCAGCAUCAUCCGGAGUGAAGUCUUUAAAAUUUGCCACUCCAAGGUGGACCCAAUUCCUUUCUAUGAAGCUUGUGUUCAUGAUGCCUGCUCUUGUGACAGCGGUGGGGAUUGUGAGUGCUUCUGUUCUGCAGUUGCUGCGUAUGCUCAAGAAUGUACCAAGGCUCAGGCUUGUGUUUUCUGGAGAACUCCUGAUAUAUGCCCGAUAUUUUGUGACUACUACAACCCUCGUAAUGAGUGUGACUGGCACUAUGAGCCUUGUGGCAGUAAUGUCACAACCUGCAGGAUGAUUAAUAAUGUCAUCACCAACUUUUCAGUACCAUACCUGGAAGGUUGCUACCCCAGAUGCCCUAAGGACAAGCCUAUUUAUAAUGAAGAGACAAAGGAAUGUGUGCCUGAAGAUCAAUGUUGGUGUUACAUCAAUGGAAUUCCUGUUCUUCCUGGGGAUGAAAUACCCACAGAAGAGAACUGUACAAAAUGUGUCUGUGGCCCCUCAGGAUCCAUACAGUGCACACCAAUCCCAGGGUGUCCUUGUCUCAUCAACGGAACAAGUUUUGAAGUGAAUGAGGUUGUGGCACAAAUACAGGAUGGCGACAUGUGUAUAAUAUACAUUUGCGCAGAAAAUGGUUCUAUAGUUGUUGGAAGUACUUUUCCUUGCCCAAUAUCUACUUCACCUACAACUAUUUCAACUUCCAUUCCUACCAGUACUCUCACCACCACAGUUACCACUACAAGUCCUCCAGUAACUACAACUCCAUGCUUUGGAUUAAUAUGUGAUUGGACGGAGUGGUUUGAUGUUAGUAAACCUCACGAAGGUGGUGGUGACUAUGAAACCUAUGAUGAAAUAAGAAAACAUGGAAACAAAAUAUGUGAAGCUCCUGAAAAAAUUGAAUGCAGGGCUAAAGAAAAACCGGAUAUGAGCUUAGAGGAACUUGGCCAGAAAGUAGAGUGUAAUGUUACAUAUGGACUAAUUUGUAAAAAUGAGGAGCAAGAUGCAACUAUGUGGCAACUUUGUUAUAAUUAUGAAAUCAGGGUAAACUGUUGUGAGUGGAGUGAAAUUUCUUGUGGAACUACAAGUACACCAAGUCCAACACCAACUGCAAGUUCAACCACCAUCAGCACAACAGUACGCAUCACCACUACCGGCAGGCAAUCAACAACGAUUACCACCACGCUCAUACCCACUCCAACCAUCACAAGCGAAUUCACGCCAUCAGUCACCACCCCUGUAACUUCAACCUCUCCAGGCCCAACUCCAUCCUCCCCACCUGUAUCGACAACUGCUCCCAUGCCAACGCCGUCGGAGUCUCCCACCAGCACCACCACCACUACGUUGCCCACCAGCACCACCACCACCAGCACAACCCCGGGGACAACGACGACUGUUCCUAGCACACCGGCACCCACCUCGACUACUACAAGCACAUCCAUGCCCACGCCAACAUACACCACCUCCCUAACCCCUUCGACCACUACAAGCACAUCCAUGCCCACGCCAACAUACACCACCUCCCUAACACCUUCGACCACAACACCUAUAGAGUGUGAGUGCAUCUGGACAGACUGGAUUGAUGUGAGUUACCCAGAUAGUUCUGACAGAAACAGUGGUGACUACGAAACCUUUGAGAAUAUUCAGAAGAACGACCCCUCCUGGGACUGUGUGAAAGUUGAGAAUAUUUCAUGCAGAGCAGAGAAAUUCCCUGACAUUCCCAUUGCAGAUUUAGGGCAAAAGGUCGAAUGCAAUGUUAACACAGGGCUCACCUGUAACAAUAGUGAUCAGCCCAUAGGAGGUAUAAUACCGAUGCCAGUCUGCCUCAAUUAUGAGAUCAGUGUCUGCUGCACCCCCAACUUUCCAGAGUGCAUUAGCACUGCUACUACUACGAGCACCACAACUGCCCCACCUUCGUCCACCACGAGCACAGUGUCCUCUCCACCUGUAUCGACAACUGUUCCUAUGCCAACGCCGUCGGAGUCUCCCACCAGCACCGCCACCACUACGUUGCCCCCCAGCACCGCCACCAGCACAACCCCGGGGACAACGACGACUGUUCCUAGCACACCGGCACCCACCUCGACUACUACAAGCACAUCCAUGCCCACGCCAACAUACACCACCUCCCUACCACCUCCGACCACAACACCUAUAGGCCCAACUCCAUCCUCCCCACCUGUAUCGACAACUGCUCCCACGCCAACGCCGUCGGAGUCUCCCACCAGCACCACCACCACCAGCACAACCCCGGGGACAACGACGACUGUUCCUAGCACACCGGCACCCACCUCGACUACUACAAGCACAUCCAUGCCCACGCCAACAUACACCACCUCCCUACCACCUCCGACCACAACACCUAUAGGCCCAACUCCAUCCUCCCCACCUGUAUCGACAACUGCUCCCACGCCAACGCCGUCGGAGUCUCCCACCAGCACCACCACCACCAGCACAACCCCGGGGACAACGACGACUGUUCCUAGCACACCGGCACCCACCUCGACUACUACAAGCACAUCCAUGCCCACGCCAACAUACACCACCUCCCUAACACCUCCGACCACAACACCUAUAGGCCCAACUCCAUCCUCCCCACCUGUAUCGACAACUGCUCCCACGCCAACGCCGUCGGAGUCUCCCACCAGCACCACCACCACCAGCACAACCCCGGGGACAACGACGACUGUUCCUAGCACACCAGCACCCACCUCGACUACUACAAGCACAUCCAUGCCCACGCCAACAUACACCACCUCCCUACCACCUCCGACCACAACACCUAUAGGCCCAACUCCAUCCUCCCCACCUGUAUCGACAACUGCUCCCAUGCCAACGCCGUCGGAGUCUCCCACCAGCACCACCACCACUACGUUGCCCACCAGCACCACCACCACCAGCACAACCCCAGGGACAACGACGACUGUUCCUAGCACACCGGCACCCACCUCGACUACUACAAGCACAUCCAUGCCCACGCCAACAUACACCACCUCCCUAACCCCUUCGACCACUACAAGCACAUCCAUUUGCUGUUGUCCUCCAGAGUGUGAGUGCAUCUGGACAGACUGGAUUGAUGUGAGUUACCCAGAUAGUUCUGACAGAAACAGUGGUGACUACGAAACCUUUGAGAAUAUUCAGAAGAACGACCCCUCCUGGGACUGUGUGAAAGUUGAGAAUAUUUCAUGCAGAGCAGAGAAAUUCCCUGACAUUCCCAUUGCAGAUUUAGGGCAAAAGGUCGAAUGCAAUGUUAACACAGGGCUCACCUGUAACAAUAGUGAUCAGCCCAUAGGAGGUAUAAUACCGAUGCCAGUCUGCCUCAAUUAUGAGAUCAGUGUCUGCUGCACCCCCAACUUUCCAGAGUGCAUUAGCACUGCUACUACUACGAGCACCACAACUGCCCCACCUUCGUCCACCACGAGCACAGUGUCCUCUCCACCUGUAUCGACAACUGUUCCUAUGCCAACGCCGUCGGAGUCUCCCACCAGCACCGCCACCACUACGUUGCCCCCCAGCACCGCCACCAGCACAACCCCGGGGACAACGACGACUGUUCCUAGCACACCGGCACCCACCUCGACUACUACAAGCACAUCCAUGCCCACGCCAACAUACACCACCUCCCUACCACCUCCGACCACAACACCUAUAGGCCCAACUCCAUCCUCCCCACCUGUAUCGACAACUGCUCCCACGCCAAUGCCAUCGGAGUCUCCCACCAGCACCACCACCACCAGCACAACUCCGGGGACAACGACGACUGUUCCUAGCACACCGGCACCCACCUCGACUACUGCAAGCACGCCCUCAACAGUAAUAAUAAUCACCAAAACCCCGCCAGUUCCAACUUCACAACCAAUAAAGUAUCCAACACCAGAAACAGGAAUACCAACAGAAACAAGUAUUACAGUUACUCCUUCAUCUACUCCACUACCAACAAGAAGAACAACAGAAAUAGAAAGUACAGCAUCUUCCAUAGGCACCACAAUUCAAAAGUCAACAGCACCUGUAUCAACAAGCCCAGGGACAGCCACCACCUCUGGAGUCACUGAAACAGGAUCGACCACCAAAGCCACCACUUCGGGCCCCACGACCACAGGACUCCCUCCCCACAGCACCACAAUAGUAACACAAACCCAUAGCCCCGAGACCACUACCACUGGAACUGGGAGCCUUCCAACAGGAUCACCUACCACCACCGUCAGCACCACAACCUCACGACCCUCCUCCCCAGAGCCUACGGCCAGCACUACUGUAUCGCCACCGUCAGUACCCACAAGCCCAGGGACAGCCACCACCUCUGGAGUCACUGAAACAGGAUCGACCACCGAAGCCACCACUUCGGGCCCCACGACCACAGGACUCCCUCCCCACAGCACCACAAUAGUAACACAAACCCAUAGCCCCGAGACCACUACCACUGGAACUGGGAGCCUUCCAACAGGAUCACCUACCACCACCGUCAGCACCACAACCUCACGACCCUCCUCCCCAGAGCCUACGGCCAGCACUACUGUAUCGCCACCGUCAGUACCCACAAGCCCAGGGACAGCCACCACCUCUGGAGUCACUGAAACAGGAUCGACCACCGAAGCCACCACUUCGGGCCCCACGACCACAGGACUCCCUCCCCACAGCACCACAAUAGUAACACAAACCCAUAGCCCCGAGACCACUACCACUGGAACUGGGAGCCUUCCAACAGGAUCACCUACCACCACCGUCAGCACCACAACCUCACGACCCUCCUCCCCAGAGCCUACGGCCAGCACUACUGUAUCGCCACCGUCAGUACCCACAAGCCCAGGGACAGCCACCACCUCUGGAGUCACUGAAACAGGAUCGACCACCAAAGCCACCACUUCGGGCCCCACGACCACAGGACUCCCUCCCCACAGCACCACAAUAGUAACACAAACCCAUAGCCCCGAGACCACUACCACUGGAACUGGGAGCCUUCCAACAGGAUCACCUACCACCACCGUCAGCACCACAACCUCACGACCCUCCUCCCCAGAGCCUACGGCCAGCACUACUGUAUCGCCACCGUCAGUACCCACAAGCCCAGGGACAGCCACCACCUCUGGAGUCACUGAAACAGGAUCGACCACCGAAGCCACCACUUCGGGCCCCACGACCACAGGACUCCCUCCCCACAGCACCACAAUAGUAACACAAACCCAUAGCCCCGAGACCACUACCACUGGAACUGGGAGCCUUCCAACAGGAUCACCUACCACCACCGUCAGCACCACAACCUCACGACCCUCCUCCCCAGAGCCUACGGCCAGCACUACUGUAUCGCCACCGUCAGUACCCACAAGCCCAGGGACAGCCACCACCUCUGGAGUCACUGAAACAGGAUCGACCACCGAAGCCACCACUUCGGGCCCCACGACCACAGGACUCCCUCCCCACAGCACCACAAUAGUAACACAAACCCAUAGCCCCAAGACCACUACCACUGGAACUGGGAGCCUUCCAACAGGAUCACCUACCACCACCGUCAGCACCACAACCUCACGACCCUCCUCCCCAGAGCCUACGGCCAGCACUACUGUAUCGCCACCGUCAGUACCCACAAGCCCAGGGACAGCCACCACCUCUGGAGUCACUGAAACAGGAUCGACCACCAAAGCCACCACUUCGGGCCCCACGACCACAGGACUCCCUCCCCACAGCACCACAAUAGUAACACAAACCCAUAGCCCCGAGACCACUACCACUGGAACUGGGAGCCUUCCAACAGGAUCACCUACCACCACCGUCAGCACCACAACCUCACGACCCUCCUCCCCAGAGCCUACGGCCAGCACUACUGUAUCGCCACCGUCAGUACCCACAAGCCCAGGGACAGCCACCACCUCUGGAGUCACUGAAACAGGAUCGACCACCGAAGCCACCACUUCGGGCCCCACGACCACAGGACUCCCUCCCCACAGCACCACAAUAGUAACACAAACCCAUAGCCCCGAGACCACUACCACUGGAACUGGGAGCCUUCCAACAGGAUCACCUACCACCACCGUCAGCACCACAACCUCACGACCCUCCUCCCCAGAGCCUACGGCCAGCACUACUGUAUCGCCACCGUCAGUACCCACAAGCCCAGGGACAGCCACCACCUCUGGAGUCACUGAAACAGGAUCGACCACCAAAGCCACCACUUCGGGCCCCACGACCACAGGACUCCCUCCCCACAGCACCACAAUAGUAACACAAACCCAUAGCCCCGAGACCACUACCACUGGAACUGGGAGCCUUCCAACAGGAUCACCUACCACCACCGUCAGCACCACAACCUCACGACCCUCCUCCCCAGAGCCUACGGCCAGCACUACUGUAUCGCCACCGUCAGUACCCACAAGCCCAGGGACAGCCACCACCUCUGGAGUCACUGAAACAGGAUCGACCACCGAAGCCACCACUUCGGGCCCCACGACCACAGGACUCCCUCCCCACAGCACCACAAUAGUAACACAAACCCAUAGCCCCGAGACCACUACCACUGGAACUGGGAGCCUUCCAACAGGAUCACCUACCACCACCGUCAGCACCACAACCUCACGACCCUCCUCCCCAGAGCCUACGGCCAGCACUACUGUAUCGCCACCGUCAGUACCCACAAGCCCAGGGACAGCCACCACCUCUGGAGUCACUGAAACAGGAUCGACCACCAAAGCCACCACUUCGGGCCCCACGACCACAGGACUCCCUCCCCACAGCACCACAAUAGUAACACAAACCCAUAGCCCCGAGACCACUACCACUGGAACUGGGAGCCUUCCAACAGGAUCACCUACCACCACCGUCAGCACCACAACCUCACGACCCUCCUCCCCAGAGCCUACGGCCAGCACUACUGUAUCGCCACCGUCAGUACCCACAAGCCCAGGGACAGCCACCACCUCUGGAGUCACUGAAACAGGAUCGACCACCGAAGCCACCACUUCGGGCCCCACGACCACAGGACUCCCUCCCCACAGCACCACAAUAGUAACACAAACCCAUAGCCCCGAGACCACUACCACUGGAACUGGGAGCCUUCCAACAGGAUCACCUACCACCACCGUCAGCACCACAACCUCACGACCCUCCUCCCCAGAGCCUACGGCCAGCACUACUGUAUCGCCACCGUCAGUACCCACAAGCCCAGGGACAGCCACCACCUCUGGAGUCACUGAAACAGGAUCGACCACCGAAGCCACCACUUCGGGCCCCACGACCACAGGACUCCCUCCCCACAGCACCACAAUAGUAACACAAACCCAUAGCCCCGAGACCACUACCACUGGAACUGGGAGCCUUCCAACAGGAUCACCUACCACCACCGUCAGCACCACAACCUCACGACCCUCCUCCCCAGAGCCUACGGCCAGCACUACUGUAUCGCCACCGUCAGUACCCACAAGCCCAGGGACAGCCACCACCUCUGGAGUCACUGAAACAGGAUCGACCACCGAAGCCACCACUUCGGGCCCCACGACCACAGGACUCCCUCCCCACAGCACCACAAUAGUAACACAAACCCAUAGCCCCGAGACCACUACCACUGGAACUGGGAGCCUUCCAACAGGAUCACCUACCACCACCGUCAGCACCACAACCUCACGACCCUCCUCCCCAGAGCCUACGGCCAGCACUACUGUAUCGCCAUCGUCAGUACCCACAAGCCCAGGAACAGCCACCACCUCUGGAGUCACUGAAACAGGAUCGACCACCGAAGCCACCACUUCGGGCCCCACGACCACAGGACUCCCUCCCCACAGCACCACAAUAGUAACACAAACCCAUAGCCCCGAGACCACUACCACUGGAACUGGGAGCCUUCCAACAGGAUCACCUACCACCACCGUCAGCACCACAACCUCACGACCCUCCUCCCCAGAGCCUACGGCCAGCACUACUGUAUCGCCACCGUCAGUACCCACAAGCCCAGGGACAGCCACCACCUCUGGAGUCACUGAAACAGGAUCGACCACCGAAGCCACCACUUCGGGCCCCACGACCACAGGACUCCCUCCCCACAGCACCACAAUAGUAACACAAACCCAUAGCCCCGAGACCACUACCACUGGAACUGGGAGCCUUCCAACAGGAUCACCUACCACCACCGUCAGCACCACAACCUCACGACCCUCCUCCCCAGAGCCUACGGCCAGCACUACUGUAUCGCCACCGUCAGUACCCACAAGCCCAGGGACAGCCACCACCUCUGGUACAACUGCAACAGAAUCUUUUACCACCACUUCAGGAACAACCUCUAGUAAUUUUACCACAAUCACGGCAACCACCACCACCACUAUCACCUCCGAAUUUGUUUCCUCUGGCUCAGCUAGUACUUCUGGGCCAACUGCAACAUCAAGUUCCAUCACUACUGAAGGAAGUUCCACGUACAGUACAGUUACUCCACUCAGUACUUCUAGUUCAACUACAAGUCCACCACCAACCACUCCUGGAAGAAAUUGUUCUAUUUUUCCUAAUGAAUCUUAUGCACCAGGUGAGUCAUGGUGGCUCUGUAACUGCACUAAGGUAAUAUGUAUAGAAGACAAUAUAGUCCAGGUGAUUCCUGUAAUCUGUGAUCCACCUCCUAAACCAACAUGUGCCAAUGGGCUUUCUCCUGUGCAAGUCAUUGAUGAGGAUGGAUGCUGUUGGCACUGGGAGUGUGAUUGCUACUGCACUGGCUGGGGAGACCCACAUUACAUGACUUUUGAUGGACUGUACUACAGCUAUCAAGGGAAUUGCACAUAUGUCCUUGUGGAAGAGAUUAAUAAGACAGUUGACAACUUUGGUGUCUACAUUGAUAACUACCAUUGUGAUACACGGGAUGUAGUCUCCUGUCCUCGAACGCUCAUUGUGAGACACGAAACUCAGGAAGUGCGCAUAGCAACAGUCAAACCAAAUACUCUACAAGUAGAGGUGACAGUAAACAAACAGGCAGUGGCUCUACCUUAUAAAAAAUUUGGGUUGAGCAUCUAUGAGUCAGGCAUAAAUCGUGUAGUGGAAAUUCCUGAACUAAAAAUGAAUGUGACCUACAAUGGCUUGUCCUUUUCUAUCAGAAUGCCCUACAGCCUGUUUGGUAACAACACUCAUGGACAGUGUGGUACUUGCAAUAACAACACGGCAGAUGACUGCAUGUUGCCAAAUGGAAACAUUGCAGAAAACUGUGAAACCAUGGCAGAUCAUUGGCAAGUUGUUGAUCCUUCCAAACCACAGUGCUCUCCAGGCCUAAGUCCUACAAAAGCACCUAGCACAAUCCCAAUGCAGCCUUGCAAAGAAUCUUCGAUCUGCGAGCUUCUUUUGGGAAGUGUGUUUGAGCCUUGUCAUGGCUUUGUCCGUCCUGAAAAGUACUAUGCAGCCUGCAUUUUUGACAGUUGUGUACUUCCCAACUUAGACCUGGAAUGCUCAAGUCUGCAGAUCUAUGCUGCCACCUGUGCUGAUCAAAGUGUAUGCAUUGACUGGAGAAGUCAUACCAAUGGUGUUUGCUCUUAUAACUGCCCCUCAGAUAAAGAAUACAGAGCAUGUGGUCCUAUUAAAGAGAUGACCUGCACAUCAAGUCAACAAAAUGAAACUUCAACUCAACAAGUUGAAGGCUGUUUCUGUCCUAAUGGAACAAUGCUGUAUGACUCCGGUGUGGAUGUCUGUGUGAAAACCUGUGGCUGUGUUGGAGUGGAUAAGAUACCAAGAGAGUUUGGGGAAAAGUUUAUAGUAGACUGUCAGGACUGUAUUUGCCUGGAAGGUGGAAAUGGCAUUGUAUGUAAGCCUCAUGAAUGUGCCAAACAAAAUAAGACCAGUUGUGAUGGAGAAGGCUUCUAUGCAGUCAAUGAAGUCAAUUCUGAAGACUCCUGCUGCCCCAUUGUCACCUGCAAAUGCAAUACAAGCUUGUGCACAACUAAAGCCCCCAAGUGUAAACUGGGAUUUGAAGUUCAUUCUCAUAUUCCCAGUGGUCAGUGUUGUCCUGUGUACCAGUGUGUUCCCAAGAGAGUUUGUGUACAUCAGAAUGCCGAGUUCUUGCCUAAUUCCUCAGUCUUUGUUGAUAAGUGUCAGAAUUGUUUCUGCACUAACGAAGUUAAUGUCAGCACUCAACUGAAUAUCAUCUCAUGUGAACAUGUUCCAUGCAACACAUAUUGUCAACCAGGAUAUGAACAUCAACCAGUGAAAGGUGAAUGUUGUGGAAAAUGUGUGCAGACUAAGUGUGUUAUACAUACAGCAAACACUUCUGACCUCAUCUUAAGUCCUGGAGAGUUUAAAAAUGAUCCUUACAACAACUGCACCAUUUAUAGCUGUGUAAAUAUCCACAACCAGCUUAUCUCUUCCACAUCUGAGAUUACCUGUCCAGCAUUCAAUGAGGACAGCUGCAAACCUGGAACUAUUACAUUCUUACCUAAUGGUUGUUGCAGAACCUGUGCACCUCUGGAUAGUCCCACGCCAUGCUCUGUCCGUCAAAGAAAAGACUUUAUCGUCUAUAAGGGUUGCCGUUCUGUAGACAGAGUUGUCAUGACUGAAUGUGAAGGAACAUGUGGAACCUUCUCGCUAUACUCUGCUGAGGCCAAUUCUAUGGAGCACAGCUGUUCCUGCUGCAGGGAAUCAAGCACUAGCGUGAGGGAAGUGGAGCUGAAAUGCCCCACUGGGCAUUCGAUUUCACAUAAGUAUGUAUACGUGGAAAGUUGCAGCUGUCAAGACACUGAAUGUAGCAGCUCACAAUCCAGUGAGUUGCAGAACACAGAAGAAAAUGACAGGGUGAGCACUCUGAACCGUAUCAAGAGGGCCAUCAGCUUAACAUCAAAAUGAAGGGGAAAAAACCUAGCAGCAUUCAACUAAAAGGACUAUGCACCAUUCUCAUCUUCCUUGACUAUUUUUGAACUUUGCUCUUCCUUGUUACUGUAUCCUGUUUGUUCUCUGAUUAUUGUUAACAGUGU